AUGUGCUCCCAUAAAUCCCCCAUUCAAGAUCCCUACGGACCCUCCACAUCCCCCUCCGGCUCGAUGAUAUCUAGAUCCCUAUAUAUACCCUUAUCACUCUUACCUCAAAUCGUAAAAUCCAUACCCUUAUCAUGGCGAAAAACACUGCAAUUCUUACCGGCGAAGCUUCUUCUCCUCUUCCGACAUGUUUCACCAGGACCCGGUGAUUCCACCUUGCAGUUUAGGCUUCUUCAUUUCUGGGAAGCUCGCAAGAAUGUCAAAGGAGGACCCGACAUCCUUCUUGGGAUCGAGAUGCUUAUGAUCGAUUCGGAGGGUACUUUGGCUCAGGGGUUCAUCGGUCAGAACCUUCGUAACCAGUAUGAAAAACAGCUCCGGCGUGGGAGCAUCUACACACUGACAAGCUUCUAUGCAUCCAACAGCAAGGUGAUGUACCAUGUUGCUGAUCAGAGGCUGAUGUUGUUGGCCACCUUAAGCUGGUUUGACAGCCAGCCUCUCCAUCAGCGUCCGGUUUUGUGCACCAAUGAUGACUCAGCUUCUCGGAAAGUUAUGGUUCAGCUGUUCGGUCCAGUGAUUAACGUCUACCUAUGGAACGAGGCUGCGGAAAAUUUCCGUCUGAAGUUUGACGCCUGUGCAGCCACUCCAACGGUUCUAUUGGUCACAACGGUCAACCCUAAAAGACUCGGUGGGAAAUUGUGCCUAACUUCAAUGUCUUCAUCGAGAGUGUUUUUGGACGAAGAGGUUGACCCCACCAAGGAAUACUUGAACUGGUUGAACACGAACCCUUCUGCAACUUCUACGGUCAACCCUGUUGAGGUGGUUAAGUCUGAGACGCUCACAAUAAGUGAGAUUGCUGCCUUCAUCAAGCGUCAGCCUGCUAAGUUGAUGACAGACCUUGGCAUGGGAUUACAGAUUGCCUUCUUUGACUGCAUUGCCACAAUUGAUGAUGUCAAGCUUGGCACUGAGUGGUAUUACAUUGCUUGCAAGGAUUGCCAGACAAAGCUAAACCGCGGGCCGACUACACUGCUUUGUACAAAAUGCGGCAAUGAAAAUGCUACUGCAGUAGCCAACUACCGGGUGGAGAUGUCUGUGUAUGAUAAUGAGGAGCAGUGCACAUUCAUCAUUCUCGGAGAUGCUGGGAAAGAGCUCACUGGCAGGAAAGCAACAGAGUUGAUCGACACAUAUGUUGAGGAAAACGGGGGAGAUGGGGCUGAGCUUGAGGUUCCACUACCACAAUGUUUUAUCGAUGCAAUAGGACAGACUAAGAAAUUCAGGAUCAAGGUGGCGCCCUACAAUUUCACAUCUACACGCCUAUCCUUGACCGAUACCAAAAUUGUCUCAUCAGCAGUUUUGCCCCCAAAGAAACCCCCACUCAACACGCCACCAGGCACUGAAGUGAAAAUCUCAGAGUUAGCUGAGAGCAGUGGUGGUGGUACUUCAGCCACUGACGACCAGAAGAAUGCGUAG